UCUCCGCGGGAGGAGGGGGCGGCGCAUAUAGGGACUCGAGGUCCGCCGUGGGAAUGAUCCACGAACUGCUCUUGGCUCUGAGCGGGUACCCAGGGUCCAUUUUCACGUGGAACAAGCGGAGCGGCCUCCAGGUGUCACAGGACUUCCCGUUUCUCCAUCCCAGUGAAACCAGCGUCCUGAACCGACUCUGCCGGCUGGGUACGAACUAUAUUCGCUUCACUGAGUUCAUCGAACAGUACACAGGCCAUGUGCAGCAACAGGAUCACCAUCCAUCUCAGCAGGGCCAAGGCGGGUUACAUGGAAUCUACCUAAGGGCCUUCUGCACGGGGCUGGAUUCGGUUUUGCAGCCUUAUCGCCAAGCAUUGCUUGAUUUGGAACAAGAGUUCCUAGCUGACCCCCAUCUUUCCAUAUCACAUGUCAAUUAUUCCUUGGAUCAGUUCCAGCUCCUUUUUCCCUCUGUAAUGGUUGUGGUAGAACAAAUUAAAAGUCAAAAGAUUCAUGGUUGUCAAAUCCUGGAAACGGUAUACAAACACAGCUGUGGGGGUUUGCCUCCUGUUCGCAGUGCACUAGAAAAGAUCCUGGCCGUGUGUCAUGGGGUCAUGUACAAGCAGCUCUCAGCCUGGAUGCUACAUGGACUUCUCCUGGAUCAGCACGAAGAGUUCUUUAUCAAACAGGGUCCGUCUUCUGGUAACGUCAGUGCCCAGCCAGAAGAGGAUGAAGAGGAUCUGGGCAUUGGGGGAUUGACAGGAAAACAGUUGAGAGAACUCCAGGACUUGCGCCUGAUAGAGGAAGAGAACAUGCUGGCACCGUCUCUAAAACAGUUUUCCUUACGGGUGGAGAUUCUGCCAUCCUACAUUCCAGUGAGGGUUGCUGAAAAAAUCCUGUUUGUUGGAGAAUCUGUCCAGAUGUUUGAGAAUCAAAACGUAAACCUGACUAGGAAAGGAUCCAUUUUGAAGAACCAAGAGGACACUUUCGCCGCGGAGCUGCAUCGGCUCAAACAGCAGCCGCUCUUCAGCCUCGUGGAUUUCGAGCAGGUGGUGGAUCGUAUUCGCAGUACCGUGGCCGAGCAUCUCUGGAAGCUGAUGGUAGAAGAGUCAGAUUUACUGGGUCAGCUGAAGAUUAUUAAAGACUUUUACCUUCUGGGACGUGGAGAACUGUUUCAGGCCUUCAUUGACACAGCUCAACACAUGUUAAAAACACCACCGACUGCAGUUACUGAACAUGCCCAUGUGUUCCUCCUUGCAGACGUGAAUGUGGCCUUCCAGCAGUCUGCACAUAAGGUCCUGCUGGAUGAUGACAACCUUCUCCCUCUGUUGCACCUGACAAUCGAGUAUCACGGGAAGGAGCAUAAAGAUGCCGCUCAGGCAAGAGAAGGGCCUUCUCGGGAAACUUCUCCCCGGGAAGCCCCUGCAUCUGGCUGGGCAGCCCUGGGUCUCUCCUACAAAGUGCAGUGGCCACUACACAUUCUCUUCACCCCUGCUGUUCUGGAAAAGUACAACGUUGUGUUCAAGUACUUGCUGAGCGUGCGCCGGGUGCAGGCGGAGCUGCAGCACUGCUGGGCCCUGCAGAUGCAGCGCAAGCACCUCAAGUCCAACCAGACGGACGCCGUCAAGUGGCGCCUGAGAAAUCACAUGGCUUUCUUGGUGGAUAAUCUUCAGUACUAUCUCCAGGUAGAUGUGCUCGAGUCUCAGUUCUCACAGCUGCUGCAUCAGAUCAAUUCUACCCGCGACUUUGAAAGCAUCCGAUUGGCUCACGACCACUUCCUUAGCAAUUUGCUGGCUCAGUCCUUUAUCCUGUUGAAACCUGUGUUUCACUGCCUGAACGAAAUCCUAGAUCUCUGUCACAGCUUUUGCUCACUGGUCAGUCAGAACCUGGGCCCGCUGGAUGAACGUGGGGCUGCCCAGCUGAGCAUCCUGGUGAAGGGCUUUAGCCGCCAGUCUUCACUGCUGUUCAAGAUUCUGUCCAGUGUUCGGAACCAUCAGAUCAACUCAGAUUUGGCACAACUACUCUUACGACUAGAUUAUAACAAAUACUACACUCAGGCUGGAGGAACUCUGGGCAGUUUCGGGAUGUGAAAAAACCUCGUUCACAAACUGAGGGUCUCUCACCGCGUUCCCAAAUCUGUGACGGAAGAUUGAAAACAUCCCACUUUCCAGCCAUUCGACAAAUGCCUGCAGCCUACUGAGGGCCCUACCUUUUUCUCCUACUCAACAUUCACAGGCACAGAUCCUUCCCAUGUGGAACGGUCCACCCCACCUUAGGGGAGGUCGUAACUCACCCAGCACGGAGGACACAGGUGCCAGCUCUCCCUCUGCUGACCCUGCAAGAUCCUUCACACUGACAACAUCUGUUGGACACAUCCAUUUGUUGAGCACCUAACUCUGUGCCUAGGUACUGGUCAAGCUGCGAGAGACAGCAGUAAGUAAUAACUUCCAAUUAUUUCAGACGAUAAGAGGGCAAUUCUAGCUAUUGACGAUGUAUUUAAAGUAUUACUAUAUUAACGAAGAAAAGGAGUCCUUACGAAAAAAAGACUGGGGUCUAAUUAUUAGAUUUCAAAUAUUGAAAACUGCGAGUCUAAUUAUCCCCUCUUGGAAGAACCACAGGAGUUAAGGUUCCCCUAAUCUGGCCCAACCGUUAACUCUAAUUAUUGAUGUUUAUAUUGGUGUGAACCAAAAUAAAUGUUGAUUGAACAA